AUGUUGCUAAUCUACAAGUGGAAAUGUACUCGUUCGUCCUCCCAGGCUCCAACGCUGAACUGUCCGGGGUUCUCAUCUGGCGGCCCUUGCACUCCGGGUCUAACGAUAUUUGUUCACCUGGUGUGUACCUCCACCAACGAAUCGGUGCACCGUGCAGCCUUGGGGGUGCUGGCGGAGGUGGCACAGGACCGCGACUCUCUCGAUGCCAUUGCUUCGGUGCCGGGCAUCUCCACCCGCCUUAACGAGCUGGCGGGCUCGCGCAACGAGGCCAUUUCCACCUACGCUAGUACGCUCAUUCUUCGCCUCACCGCUCCCCCUGCCACUGCACCGUCAUCCACCGAAGAUGCCCUGACAGGGCACGGUAAAGUGGUAGUGGACAGCCUCACCACCCCGCCACCUCCACCCCUUCCAAUGGACACUAGUGGUAGCGCUGGAGGUCGCAUAUCUCCCGUUGCUGCAUCCGCCUGUUUCCCUCCCCAACAGCUCUUUCACCAACACCAUGGUCAACCGAUGCCUUAUGCUGCCCCACCACCGCAGCAGCAGGCGCAGUCAGCCCAACGGUAUACCCCAGGGGGAUACCACUAUUCUGGUGAGGCUGUGGCAGGACCUGGCGGCGGCGGAGGCAGUAGCGGUUCCCUCAUGGCUAUGGUGGGACCUCCGCCCCCUGCCUCUUCAGUCUACUCUGUUAGUGGGGGCGGUGCAUGCCCUAUGAGUGUCCAAUCAUUGCCUCCGCAGCAGCAUCCGCACUGCUACCAGCAACAGCGUAAUUUCUUCACCUUUUAA